AACUCCAUUGCUCACUAGCGUUCGACGGGGGUUUCUCUCCUCAAUAACAGUGGCGCAAACGAGACCCAUCUCCCACGAACCCAUUUCUCUCUUUCUUUCACAAUUUCGUCUUAAUAAAACCACCAUUUUCUGCGAAAAUCAAAACCAUCCUUACCUCUCCAAUCGCCCAUCCUUCCCUUCUUCCCAACUCAACGUAACCAUAACGAUUUAGCCAAAACUAUUCGUUUCUUCACCCGAAAAUCUCGACGGUCACUCCGUAAUUUCACUUUUUAUUCAUUUUCUCCCUCAAAUUCAUGCCUAGUUUCUGCCACGCUUUAGCUUAGCGGUGUUCUUACGAUUUGAUUGCAGUUCUUUUGGAGUAUUAUUCCAUGUGUUAGAACAAUUUUUGGAGUGUUGGGUUUUGCCUUGUGUUCUAUUUGCUUCACUUUGACAUGCCCCAGACCAAUUUUGAAAAACUUUGAUUAUGGGUAUAUGCUUUUACACCAAACCAACCCUAAUUUGGUUCCAAAAACUUGAUUAUUAUAUUUAUGCCUCUUGGAUUUUGAAAAGGGUUGAAAAAUGUAUAAGAGAAAAAGCCUAUGUUCUAUGUUUAGACUUGCAAUUUCAAGCUCCAAAUUCACGCACUCAGCAACAAGCAUCUGCAACAAUGUUAUGUCCAAAUCACAUUUUUCGUCCCAAGAUUCUCUCACAACCCAAUUGGAAUCUUUGUUUCAGGGUUUUUCAGAUGCUUCUGUGCUUAGACAAGUUAGACAAAUUCAUGCUCAGGUCAUUGUUGGUGCCAUGAGUGAUAUUAUUACCCUGAGUUCAAGGAUUUUGGGGAUGUAUGUUCUUUGUGGUGAUAUAAAGGAUGCUGGAAACGUGUUUUUUAAGCUUGAAUUGUGCUAUGCUCUUCCUUGGAAUUGGAUGAUUAGAGGGUUUUACAUGUUGGGGUGGUUUGAUUUUGCCUUGUUGUUUUUCUUCAAGAUGUUGGGUAGCAAGGUUUCACCGGACAAAUACACAUUCCCUUAUGUGAUUAAAGCUUGUGGGGCUUUGAAUAAUGUGCCAAUGUGUAAGGUGGUUCAUAAUGUGGUUGGGUGCAUGGGGUUUCGUGUGGACUUGUUUGUUGGUAGUGCUCUGAUCAAGUUGUAUGCGGAAAGUGGUUAUAUUCAUGAUGCGAGGGAUGUGUUUGAUGAAUUGCCUCUGAGAGACACCGUUCUGUGGAAUGUCAUGCUCAAUGGUUAUGUGAAAGGUGGAGAUUUUGACAAUGCAAUGAAAACAUUUUGUGAAAUGAGGAACUCUUCUAGUAAACCUAAUUUUGUAACGUUUACUUGUAUUUUGUCGACGUGCGCUAAUAGAGGGAAACUUUGCGUUGGUAUUCAGCUUCAUGGUCUUGUUAUUAGUAGUGGGUUUGAGUUUGAUUCCCAGGUAGCAAACACACUUGUAGCCAUGUAUUCAAAAUGUGGGAAUCUUUUUGACGCUCGCAAAUUAUUUAAUACAAUGCCACAGACUGAUACGGUGACUUGGAACGUGCUGAUUGCCGGAUUUGUACAAAAUGGAUUUGCAGACGAGGCUGCACCUUUGUUUAAUGCAAUGAUCUCUGCUGGUGUCAAACCAGAUUCAGUCACUUUUGCAAGUUUCCUUCCUUCUAUCCUUGAAUCUGGGAGUCUCAAACGUUGUAAGGAAGUUCAUUGUUACAUAGUGCGACAUAGGGUGCCUUUUGAUGUCUAUUUGAAGAGUGCUCUUAUUGACAUAUACUGCAAGGGUGGAGAUGUGGUGAUGGCACGCAAGAUUUUUGAGCAGAAUACCUUGGUUGAUAUUGCUGUUUGCACGGCUAUGAUCUCAGGUUAUGUACUUAAUGGGCUGAAUGUUGAUGCUAUACACAUUUUUAGGUGGUUAGUUCAAGAGGGUAUGGUGCCUAAUAGCCUGACCAUGGCUAGUGUUUUGCCAGCUUGUGCUGCUUUGGCUGCACUGAAAUUAGGGAAGGAGUUGCAUUGUGAUAUUCUGAAGAAACGACUGGAGAAUAUAGUUAAUGUGGGAUCUGCCAUCACAGACAUGUAUGCAAAAUCUGGAAGACUGGAUCUUGCUUAUCAAUUUUUCAGAAGAAUGUCUGAAAGAGAUAGUGUAUGUUGGAAUUCAAUGAUUUCAAGCUUCUCGCAGAAUGGGAAACCAGAAAUGGCCAUUGAUGUUUUUCGUCAAAUGGGAAUGAGUGGAACCAAGUAUGAUUCUGUGAGCCUAUCAUCUGCUCUCUCAGCUGCGGCAAAUUCACCAGCACUUUAUUACGGGAAGGAGAUACAUGGUUAUGUGGUAAGAAAUGCAUUUACUUUUGACACUUUCGUUGCAAGUGCACUGAUAGACAUGUAUUCCAAAUGUGGAAAACUAGCUUCGGCUCAGUGUGUGUUUGACCUGAUGGAUGGGAAGAAUGAAGUUUCAUGGAACAGCAUCAUUGCUGCCUAUGGAAACCAUGGUAUCCUUAGAACAUGUCUUAAUCUAUUCCAUGAGAUGUUGGAAGCUGGGGUUCGCCCUGAUCAUGUUACUUUUCUUGUUAUAAUAUCUGCUUGUGGCCAUGCGGGCCUAGUUGACGAAGGCAUAUACUACUUUCGUUGCAUGACUGAGGAAUAUGGGAUCUGUGCUACGAUGGAGCACUAUGCAUGCAUGGUAGAUUUGUAUGGUCGUGCUGGUCGUUUGCACGAAGCAUUUGAUACCAUACAGAGCAUGCCAUUCACUCCAGACGCAGGUGUUUGGGGGACACUUCUUGGAGCUUGCCGGCUUCAUGGCAAUGUUGAGUUGGCUAAACUAGCUUCAAAACACCUUCUCGAAUUAGACCCAAAAAACUCUGGAUACUAUGUAUUGCUUUCAAAUGUACAUGCUGUCGCUGGUGAAUGGGCAAGUGUUCUUAAGAUACGAAGUUUAAUGAAGGAAAAGAGAGUUCAGAAGAUAACUGGAUACAGCUGGAUUGAUGUCAAUGGUGGCACCCAUAUGUUUUCUGCCGCUGAUGGAGGUCACCCAGAAUCUGUUGAGAUCUAUUUAAUUCUGAAGAGUCUCCUUCUUGAGUUGAGAAAACAGGGUUAUGCUCCUCAACCUUACCUUCCACUCCACCCACAAACCAUGAGCGAUAAUUGAGUUGAGAAUUUUCAGCAUCCCUCAUAGCAAAUUUCUUGAUGCAACCCAUGUCAUCAGAAAAUAACUUCUAUUGAACUUAUGGGUCUGCUUCCAAAAUCCCUUCUGGAUCCCAUCAAACAUUCUCCAAAAUGCACCCACCUUCUAGUAACCUAGACAAGGUGGAGAUACAGUUAUAUGGGGAAAAAAUAAAGUAUUUUGACUUUGUACCAUCCCUUUAACAAAAAUAAUGUAGGCACAAACAUUCUAACAAAUGGAAAUGUCUACAUAGUUUUCAAAGCAUUAUACAAUUCGCUAGUUAACCGCACAAAGAUAGGAACAUGACAUAUUAAAGACAAUGUCACAAGUUAAAGAAAUACUUUGUUUAGUCGCAUUGUAUUUAAUCUGUCACGCUUUCAAUUCUGGAAUAGUUAACUAAUAGAUUUUAACUGAGGAACUAAAUGAGUAACAUAUAGCUUAUUUAGAAAUUAAUUUUAGUAUUCAAAGACUAAAUUAAAGACUUUAGACUUUUGUGAAACUAAAAUGAACGAUAAAUCACACACUUAGAAUAAUUUUAAUAUAUUUUAAGGACUAAAUUAAAUGACUCUUUAUCUUUUGUAAAUUAAAUUAAAAAUUUACUCGUAUUAAUGCAUUCAUUAAGAUAAGAGUAAACUUAUUACUACA